UCUCAUAAAGAUAAAUCCAAUAACAGAGUCUAAAUUCUUUCCCACAAAAAAUCAUCAUUAUACCUAACUUGCAUUGUUUCUCUCCCUAUAAAAAACCCUUUCCUUUCCUUUCUUUACACAUCAAACACUUGUUGUGUUGCAAGCUAGGACUACAUUCAUUUUUGCUUUCUUUUUAGUAAUAUGGGCCACCGGAGCCCAAAACAGCCUAUCAUGGUGGCCAAAUUUUUGCUUUUCUUCCUCCUCUAUUGCACCACCACCGCCUUUGCUCAAGGUCCGGCAGCUGCUCCUGCACCACCUGGCCCUACCAACGUCACGAAAGUCCUCGAGAAAGCUGGGCAGUUCACUGUGUUCAUCAGGCUUCUGAAAGCAACCCAGGAAGAUGUCACAUUGAAUGGUCAGCUCAACAACACUAACAAUGGCAUCACCAUCUUUGCACCAAGUGAUAGUGCUUUUCAGAGCUUGAAAUCAGGCACCCUUAACUCCAUAAACGAUCAAGAAAAGGCUGAGCUUGUGCAGUUUCACAUCAUCCCAACAUAUCUGUCGAGUUCUCAGUUCCAAACUGUGAGCAAUCCUGUAGCUACACAAGCAGGAUCAGGUGACAGAUUUCAGCUUAAUGUGACAACAACAGGAAAUGCAGUGAAUAUAUCCACAGGGCUUACUAAUACAAGUGUAUCUGGAACUGUGUACACUGAUGGGCAACUUGCUAUUUAUCAAGUUGACAAAGUGCUUCUUCCUAUAGAUAUUUUUACCCCUAAACCUCCACCUCCGGCACCGGCGCCGGAGAUUCCGAAGAAGAAGAAAGGGAAGAGUGCAGACAGUCCAACAACUUCUAAGGAUAUUUCUGGAGCAGUAAGCUUUAUAGUGAGUAAUAAUGUGGUGUUUUUUGGAGUUGGGAUUGUAAGUGCAAUAGUUUCUUUGUGACACAAAUGGCUUUUGAUGAGGCAUGUUGGAGUAAGUUCAGUUUUCCAAUGGUGUAUGAUUUUGAUGAGUUGGGUUGAUGAUGGUGGUGGUGAUGAUCGAGAAAUGGUGAGUGAUUUUGAAUAAUUAUUGUUUUUUUUUUUUGUCUCAAUUGUAUCAUUCAAAUUUGUGAAUUAAGAUUGAAUUUUUGUGUUUAA